AUGAGACGUGAACUUUACGUAAGCCUACGCAGAGAUCACGAGAUCUGGUGGUCUCAACACGCAUCAGAGACGGAACGUGCUGCCGCCUUGGGUAUGAGCGAGACGAUCUAUGAAGCAGACGGCUCGCUUAUUUACAAUCAACAGCGACGUCUUGAACGCUGGAUGGAGCGUUUCAAAGCACAAUUUGGCUGGCCACCCGCGCCAACUUCUCACACAGCUAUUCCGGUACACGUCCCAUGGUCUGUUUCAACAGACCCACCUUCUGAGGUGGAAAUCCGUAAGGAGAUCCUAGCCUUGGGACGUCACAAAGCGCCGGCCCUGGUGGUCUUUUCCCAGCUCUAUUUAAAGAUGGUGGAAUAA